ACAUACAAGCCGGCCAUAUUAGAGAGAUGGAAAUAAAGCCUCCUUAAUGUUGUCUAUGUCUCUGAAGUACAUCGUGCAUUUUUUUUUAGCAUCGAACCAGCCCUCCCUCCUAGCCCUCAGCCCCUCAGAUCACCCUCUCCCUUACUCCAUCUGAACACCAAGCAUCCCAGUCUCUGAAAAUGCACAGAGAUGCCUGGCUACCUCGCCCAGCCUUCAGCCUCACGGGGCUCAGUCUCUUUUUCUCUUUGGUGCCUCCAGGGCGGAGCAUGGAGGUCAUGGUACCUUCUACCCUUGACGUCCUCAAUGGCUCUGACGCCCGCCUGCCCUGCACCUUCAGCUCCUGCUACACCGUGAACCACAAGCAGUUCUCCUUGAACUGGACCUACCAGGAGUGCAGUAACUGCUCCGAGGAGAUGUUCCUCCAGUUCCGCAUGAAGAUCAUUAACCUGAAGCCAGAGCAGUUUCGAGACCGCGUGGAGUUCUCGGGGAACCCCAGCAAGUACGACGUGUCAGUGACUCUGAAAAACGUGCAGCUGGAGGAUGCUGGCAUCUACAACUGCUACAUCAUGAACCCUCCUGACCGCCACCGGGGCCACGGCAAGAUCAACCUGCGGGUUAUCUUGGAAGAACCCCCGGAGCGGGAUUCCACGGUGGCAGUGAUAGUGGGCGCCUCUGUCGGGGGCUUCCUGGCUGUGGUCAUCUUGGUGCUGAUGGUGGUCAAGUGCGUCAGGAGGAAAAAGGAGCAGAAACUGAGCACGGAUGACCUGAAGACAGAGGAGGAGGGCAAGACGGACGGAGAGGGCAACGCGGAUGACGGCACCAAGUAACAGCUGGCAGCCGGCCUGCCGCCCUGCCCUGCGUCCUGCGUCCCCCACUCUGCCCUGUUCAGUGUGACCCGCCUGUCCUCUCUCGGUGUGCUUCUCUUAAACCAGGAUCCCAGUGCCAGCCGUCCCAGUGCCACUUCGUACCCCCACCCCGUACCAAGAGUGACUCAUCUCUCUUUUCAUCUGAGAAACCUGCCAUGGCCGAUGGGAUGUGUGGGCCCUGGGG